AUGGCAACCCUCACAGACUUUGUCGAUUUAUCCCAACAAUCCCUUCAAUUGUGUGCGCUGUCCGUUGCAUUCAACCCCAUCUUUUGGAACAUCGUGGCCCGUGCCGAGUAUCGAAACCACUACCUGACUCGUAUAUUCGGUAGCCCCUACAACGGGUGCUAUUUCCUCGCCUUCACCAUCUUCACCCUGGGCAUCGCUCGCGACCAUGUGUAUCAACUGGCCCUGGAAGACCAACCCUAUUACGCCCCAGUGCACCAACCGAUCCUAGGCGGCGCCCUCUUCGCCAUCGGCUCCGUUCUCGUCCUGUCCAGCAUGUAUGCGCUGGGCGUCACCGGGACCUACCUUGGGGACUACUUUGGCAUUCUCAUGGAUGCUCCCGUCACCGGCUUCCCCUUCAAUGUGACCGGCUCGCCCAUGUACUGGGGAAGCACCCUGAACUUCCUGGGCGUUGCUCUGUACAAGGGCAAGGUGGCGGGCAUCUUCCUGACUGCCGAGGUCUUCAUUCUGUAUUGGUUUGCUCUCCGCUGGGAGGAUCCUUUCACCGCCGAAAUCUAUGCUAAGCGGGAGCGUGAGCGCGCCAAGUCGAGGCAAGGCGGCAAGAGCCAGUAA